AUUUUAUGCAUAUUUGCACAGGUUUGACCCGGCGAAGUACGCCGCCACCUUGCCUUCAUGGCCGCUUCCCAAGUGAUAGCCAAAUUCACGACUGAGUUGGAGCACGUGGACAUCGAUGGACUCCUCCAGAAACUGUGGAAGGAGGGCGUAAUAAAGCCGCAACCGUAUUUUGAGGCCUUGAAGAAGCCCUUCGAAGAGAAGCUGUCCUUCGUGCAGCUGCAACUCUCCAUCGGAGGCGAAGACGUAUUUCCAACGUUCUUGGAAUGCCUGCGAACUCUAAAGCACUGGCAGCUAGCAAGUGAUAUGGAAGCCGAAUGGAAGAAGAAGGGAGGCAAGGGACCCACUGAAUCGGGCAACGCUUUACCUUCAAAUGAAGCUGUUCAAGCGAGUGGAAUAUCCAAGCCGGUUACGGAAGGCGCCACGAUUGACGACCUAAGACGAGCCAAGACCGUACUGAAGGACAGGGACGUCUACAUCAGCAUCAACGAAUUCCUGGACACUCUAGCAGAGAGAAAGAUAAUCUCGGUCGCGGAAGAAAUGAAACUCAGGGAGAUGUCAGACUACCACGCCCAGAUAGAUGCCGUGUUCAAGAUACUCUUCGCAAGGGAUGUUGAGAGACAUUACUACGAACUCAUAGAAACUCUGAAGAGCAUGGGCCGCCUCGACAUUGUGAAGAAGAUUCAGAAGUAGUUCUGCGUAAUAGGUUCCUUGUAAUCUUUCGCACCUCAAUGACUUUGGAAAUUAAAGG